AGCAGCAACGGGCCAACACCAACGGGCCAACACCAGCGCAGAGAGCCGUGCCUGCAAAGGAGAGAACGGGGAAAAUGAGCAGAAAUCAGAGCCGCAAAGGUGGCAACAAGCGGGUGCGGCCCGACGAGUGGAAGAUGGACGCGCGCGAGCCUGGCUCGCUGCAGAACAGGGCCUUUGACACCUUCUACAAGGAUAACGUUGUGCCCGCGUGCGAGUGGGAGGCAUUCCUGUCUUGUCUGCAGACCGGUCUCCCCAUGGCUGUGCGCUUUAACCGAAACGUGCCGCAGGUGGCGGCCAUCGACGACUUCGUGUCGCGGCACCUCUCGGAGGAGUUCGAGAGCAAACGUCUGCCCUUCUUCCCGGACCAGCGAGCGGUUCAGUUCACGGUGAGCCGUGGCGAGUUGAAGCGCAAGGCAGACCACAAAGCAUCGAAGAAGAUCGUCGCGGCGAUGAACGAGGGCGGUUACCUGACGCGGCAGGAGUCCGUCAGCAUGCUGCCCCCGCUGGCUCUGCAGGUGGAGCCGGGAAUGACGGUGCUGGACAUGUGUGCCGCGCCGGGAAGCAAAACCUCGCAGAUGUUGGAGUCGCUGCUGUCCGGCGACCCGGAGAGUGGAGUGGUGGUCGCGAACGACGUGAACGCGUCCCGCCUCGACGUGCUACACCACCAAACCGGACGGGCUGCAGGAGCGCACAUGCACCUCAUCAUCACAAACACCGACGCCACGCGCUUCCCGCUGCUGCCACUCGCGGAGCGCUUCGACCGCGUCCUAUGUGAUGUGAUGUGCUCUGGGGACGGCACGCUGCGCAAGUCCCUCGACAUGUGGCCCCGCUGGAGCACCCUGCAAGGGGCGAACUUACACCACUCUCAGAUUCGAGUGCUGUUGCGAGGCAUGGCAUCGUGCAAGGAGGGCGGCAUUGUGGUGUACUCCACAUGCAGCUUAAACCCUGUCGAGGACGAGGCAGUCGUCUCCGCCUGUCUGGCGCAGUCGAAGGGCACGUUUGCGCUGAUGGAUCUGUCCGCCGUGCUACCGGGCCUCAUCUCGUCGCCGGGCAUGACGUCGUGGACGUUAACCACACGUGACCUCCGCACGACGCUGCACAACUAUGAGGAGGCGAAGGCGCACAUGGCGGCCUCGACGGAGCGCCGCGGUUUCCAGUACGCACCAAGCAUGUUUGCCAACACGGAGCUGCUCGCCCGGCAGCAUAUCACACGGACGUGCCGGGUUUUACCACACGCGCAGGACACCGGCGGCUUCUUCGUCGCCGCACUGCGGUGCAUCUCGCCGGUGCCGGAGGACACACGCAGCAGCACCGCCGCGGAGGGCCCCGACAAGUUGGCGGCAGCCGAGGCACCGAUUGUGCCCAUCUCCGAGCAGCUCCGCGCUUCGGUGCAGAAGUCGCUCGCCCUGCCCGACACCUUUCCUUUUGACCACCUCGUCGUGCGCAACGAGGCGGCGCGUGACCAGAAGAUUUAUCUCGCCAACGCCGCGGCGAUCGCCCUGAGCCAAAGGCUGGGCAGCCGCGUAGUGCACGUGGGGUCGAAGGUGUUCGAGUCGGUCGUGAAGUACAGCAACGACAACCUGCGCUUCUGCGCGGACGGCGUGGCGGAGUUGGUGCCUUUCCUCCCCACCUCCUUCGUCGUGCCGGUGGAGCCAGCGGUGCUGCUGGAGAUGGCGGAAGACACGCCGAUGACGUACGGCACCUUCGCGGCCAAGACGGGCCGCACCAACGAAGACCUCCCGCCGAACUUUGUCCUGACGACUUCAUGGGCGACGGUGGGCUCGAUGUACGUGGUGGCGGAGAAGUCGGUGAAGCUGGGGAAGAUUGUAGCGAAGGUGAAGACGUGGCACGUGACGAUGUGCAAACUGGCGUUGAACAUCCCGUUGGUGGGGGAGGGGGACGCACGCACCAACGACGGUGACGACGGCACUCUGGAAGGUGCGGAUGGCGAAGAGGCGGCGGUGGAGACUCAACAGCGUCAAGAGGCAACAACCGAAACGAAGGAGGCGGCGUAG